CUUUUCUGCCUUUUCUGCCUUUUUUUUCUUUCUCCCUUCUCUCUUCUCUUUUCUGUCCGUAAAAAAACAACAAAAAACCAUAAAAACCCCACCUCCUUCACUUACCAAGUCUUCAUUCUUUCCUUUCCUCCAACCUCGCCUUGAUUCUGUGUCGAAACACGCUCCUCGUCCCACUUUCAACGACAUAUGACGAAACUGGAGCCCAGCAACCCAAUGCCUUCUUCCAAAGGCAGCAACAAUCAGUGGUCGCAGCCCAUCCACGAUGCCUCCGCCACCUCACUCAACUACCCUCCUUAUUCGUCAAGCUUUCCAGGGACCUCCCAAGGUGUUUCCAGACCAUCAGUUCCUGGACAUAAUGCGGCCACGUCCAUGAUGACAGGCUCAGGAGCUGGCACAGGAGGCGCACCAACACUCUCCCCUUCGCUGCCUCCGCCGCAAGGGUAUGCGCAGCAUGAUCCAUCCUCGCACUACAGCUCGUACCAGCAACAGCCGUACCAAUACUAUACGCAUCAGCAGCACCAACAACAGCAGCAACAGCAGCAGCAACCGGCGUCUUAUCCUUAUCACUACAGCUUCUCCUCAGGAGGAUCCGCCAUGACCCCAUCUUCGUCCUCAUACUCUUCUCCAACGCAUGCCCACACUAGCCUCUCUAGCUCUCCUCCUCCGGCGUCCUCGGCUGGUCCAAGCCUUGGUUCAAUGGGAGCCCUGCUCUCUCCAAAGUCUGACUUUGCGGGACAGGACAGUCAUUAUCACAUCAACAAUACCAAUAGCAACCAGCCAUACCCAUACCACCAUCCCGCUAAUGCCCUCACGAAGGAAAGCCCGCGAAACAGCAAUAGUGGUCCCGGCAAGAAAUCGCGGUCUCAGUCAGCAGCCUCUGCAAGUUUUCCCAGUCUCUCAACAGGCGCGUCAACGACCUCUAUCCAUGCGAUCGCCUCGGCCACAGCCACAAAUAUCAGAGGUGGCACUACUGCUAUUGCUGCCAACAUGUCCCCCCCAACCUCAAGCAUCUCGUCCGUGUCCGCUGCCUCGCCCCCUUCUUCGGUAUCAUCGCCAACGAGCCCGAAAAAGAAGGGGAGCCAGGGUGUCAAGAAGAGCCCGUCCUCAUCUAUGGGGAUGGAUGGUCUUCCAUCAAAGCACCCCAAGCCCACGCAGUCGUACUCAUUCCUUAUCACGACAGCGAUCCUCGAAAGCCCCAACAAGCAAUUGACGCUAAACGACAUUUAUGAAUGGGUCAUGGAGCAUUAUCCGUGGUACCGCACCGCCAUCAAUGGCUGGAAGAAUUCGAUUCGCCACAAUCUAUCCCUGAACAAGGCCUUUAUGCGCGUGCCGAGACCACCGAGCGAACCCGGCAAGGGCUCCUACUGGAAACUGGAUCCUAAUCAUCAACCCAACGCGGAUGGCAGUCAUGGCGGAAUCCCGGGUGCAGGAGGACUAGCAGGCGCCAGUGCAGGAGCAGGUGGUGGGACAACUCGGACGAGCAAGGGCUCGCGACGUUCCAGUGCCGCGAGAGGGGCCGGUAGACGGGCCAUGAGCGAUCCUAACUCUCAGCCACUGUCGCUGCCUGGACCGACGGCGCAACCAGGAUCUCAUGGUAUACCCGAUAUUCCUCUUGCGCCUGUGUCAGUCCUCAGCAAGCGAAGUGGAAAUGAUGCCGACCCGUAUCUGUUCAAAAUGGGGGCCCAUCCAGCCUCGACCAUCAUGACCGGGCCAACUACCUCGUCUUCUGUCAACAGGCGACAUUCCCAUCUAUUGAGCCAUGAUCACGAUUACACGUCUCAGCAGGCACAACAGAUGCCAUUUCAGCAGCAGCAGCAGCAGCAUUCGGACCACCAAUCUGGACAGUAUUCAUUUGGCCUCAGUGGCCUGAACGCGCAACAGCAACAGCACGGAGCGUUCUUCUCGCCGACUUCGCCAGCUGGUCAGGGGUCUGGCGGGGACUUUGGGCCUUCGGCAUCGUUUUAUUCGAGCGGGGCGCCACCGAGUCUGAACGAUACCAACAUGAUGGAUUCGAGCUCGGAUUCGUCGUCCUUUUCUCGGUUCUCCAAUCAGGGGCUGUACUUCCCACCGGGCACUGGAGGUACCUCAACUGGGAUUCCGUCGCUUUCUAGGCCACUAUCAGUUGGCAGCCAUGGAGCCCAAGGCGCAUUCGCAUCAGCGUAUGGAGGAGCAGCAGGGGUAGGAAGUAGCGGAGCCACCGGCAGUGGCAGUGGGGGCCAUGGCUCCCAUGGCUACGGCGGUGUGGGCCAGCAGAGCGGAGGCGCAGGCGCACCCUUUCAUGCUAGCUCAGCAGGCUAUGGAUUCUCACCAUUCAAUCGAAGCAACAGUGGUCCCAGCGGUGGCGGUGCAGGAACGACUUCGAAUUAUCGGGCUCCAGGCGAUUACGGAUCUGGAUCGCCUGCAGGGUAUAGCAGCACUACAAGCUCAGGCCCACGGUCCGGGUCGGUGGUGGGCUUUUCGUCCUCGAUGGGAUCGUCGAUCAUGGGCUCUGCCACAUCUGCACCUCCAACAUCAGGGUCGUUUUCAAUGUCACAGGGCUUUGUGUCGAACGCGGCUAAUGUGAUGAGCAACCCGAUGUCGCCUGGUGGUAGUGCUUCAGCAUCGGCAGCGACAUCUUCAGCAGGCUCGGCGGCGCCGGGCUCUUCGCGAGCGCCCUCGAGCUCAAUCACGAUACCCCAAGAACCGCGCAAUUCGAACAUAUCUGGAGGCGGUGGCGGAGGCGGCAAUGGCUGGUGAAAAUUUUUUAAUAUCUUUUUUAUCGAUUUCUUUGACGACAUGAUGGAUACCAAUUGAAGGGGGAGGAAGUUUUGGUUAUUAUUCUACUUAAUGAUGACAACAAGAAAAAGUAUUUAUUCGACAACAAUAACGAUAACGAAC